AACAUAAGUAACGAAGUCGAGGAGCAGACCUGUUUUUUGUUAGAAAAUGUCAGAUUCAGUAGUGAAAAAACAAAACUUGUUAAGGAAUUUACAGCCAAAGAUGAAGAGUGUCAACUUUUAAUAUCGUAUAUAGGUAACGGUUGGCCAGACAAUAAAUACGAAGUCGAUGAACGUGUUCGCGCGCAGUGGUCCUACAGGGAAUUAUUUGAAUACGUCGAUGGCAUAAUUUUUAAGGACAAUCUUGUGUAUAUACCGCGCGGUCUGCGUAAGGAGAUGAUAGAACGCGUUCACGACGGGCACAUGGGCAUAGACCGUUGCAAGCGGCACGCGCGCGAGGUCAUGUUCUGGCCGGGCAUGUCGCGCGAUGUCGAGCAGCGCGUGCGGCGCUGCGCAGCGUGUACAGAGCGCGCUCCGCGCCCCCCGCGUGAACCCCUCUUGUUUCAUCACAUACCUGAUAUACCCUGGGUCAAGGUAGGUUCAGAUAUUUUUCAAAUAGGAAAAAACUAUUAUCUUAUAUUAGUGGAUUACUUUUCGAAUUUUGUUGAGGUAGUUAUGUUAACGAAUAUUUGUAGCAGAUCAGUUAUCGGCGCUUUAAAGGAGCAAUUUGCUCGACACGGCAUUCCGGCCCAUCUGGUGACAGACAACGGGCCCGCUUACGCGUCGAAAGAGUUCGCAUCGUUUUGUAGGACGUGGGGUUUUGAUCAUAUCACGACGUCGCCCCAUUAUCCGCAGUCGAAUGGACGGAGUGAGAGAACUGUUAGAACCGUAAAAGAAAUGUUAAAGAAAUCGUAUUUGUCGGGCACUGAUUUUUAUCUAGGAUUAUUAAAUUUUCGAGCGACACCGCGUGACGGCAUCGCUUCACCUUCGGAGUUAUUGAUGGGUCGUAGGAUAAAUACUCGGCUUCCCAUUCAUCUGAGCAAACUUAAACCUUCUCGAGACAAUAGCGAAGAUUAUAAAAACAUUCGAGAAAAACAAUUUAAGUGUAAAACUAGAUACGACUGGCACUCGAGGGCGCUCCCGGAGCUGCAGGCCGGGCAGGAGGUGAUCAUCGCGGACGGAGUGAGUCGGCGCAGGCGCGGCCGUGUGCAGGCGCGCGCUGCGCAACCACGAUCUUAUUUUGUUAGUGAUGCCGCGGGCAGAUGUUACAGACGUAAUAGGCGGCAUUUGAUUAAUAUUGGUCAGCAGGGCAGUGCCUAUGGCGCGACUGAACCCACUGAGAGCGGCUGCAUCCCGGGAACGUCUAGCGCAGACUCGGCAUUACAACGCGACCUAGGUAACGAGGCCACCACAAUCGCAACGUCUUCACUCUUACCCAAUAAUAAUGCGCAAAAAAUUGAUGUUAGGCAGGCGGCUAUUUCAGCGAAAAAUAAGUUUAAAAAUUUGUUUCCGUAAUUGAAGUUUAAAAUACUUAUUUAGUUUUAC